AUGGAGAAGAAGAGAGGGAAAGCGAUCAUAGUAGGAGGAAGUAUAGCUGGAGUAUCGUGCGCACACACGCUCACGUUAGCAGGAUGGGAUGUAUUAGUCCUCGAGAAAUCUUCCGAACCACCAGCUCGUAGUCCUACCGGUGCUGGGCUCGGACUCGACCCUCAAGCUCGCCAAAUCAUCAAAUCUUGGCUUCCUCGUCCACACCUCUUCGAUCAAAUCACCUUGCCUCUCUCAAUUGAUCAGAAUCAGGAAACAGAUAGUGAGAAGAAAGUGACGAGGAUUCUAACGAGAGACGAGAAUUUCGAUUUCGAAGCAGCUUAUUGGUCUGAUAUUCAUGGUCUUUUGUAUAACGCAUUGCCUGAAACCACGUUUCUUUGGGGACAUACGUUUCUGUCUUUUACAAUGUCUCAAGAUAAAUCCACUGUAGAGGUUAAGACUUUAGUAAUGGAAACUCAAGAAAUUGUUGAAGUAGAAGGAGAUUUACUUGUUGCAGCAGAUGGGUGUUUGUCUAUGAUUAGGAAAACAUUCUUGCCUGACUUUAAAUUGAGGUACUCUGGUUAUUGCGCUUGGAGAGGUGUUUUUGAUUUCUCAAGGAAUGAGAACUCGGAAAUAGUUACCGGACUCAAGAAAGAGUAUCCAGAUCUUGGGAAAUGCUUGUAUUUCGAUCUCGGUACACAGACUCAUAGUGUGUUUUACGAGCUUAUAAACAAGAAAAUCAACUGGAUUUGGUAUGUCAAUCAACCAGAGCCUGAGCUGAAAAACAACUCGGUUACACUUAAAGUAAGCCAAGAAAUGAUGAAUAAGAUGCAUCAAGAAGCAGGCAGCAUUUGGAUCCCCGAGCUGGCGAGACUGAUGAAAGAAACAUCCGAUCCUUUCCUUAAUGUUAUCUAUGACUGUGACCCUUUAGAACGGAUCUUUUGCGGAAAUGUCGUAUUGGUUGGAGACGCAGCUCAUCCCACGACCCCUCAUGGCUUAAGAAGCACAAACAUGUCGGUUCUUGAUGCGGAAGUGCUAGGUAAAUGUUUGGAGAAAUGGGGACUUGAGAAUUUAAAUUUGGGUCUUGAGGAAUAUCAGAGGAUAAGACUGCCUGUUGUUUCUGAGCAAGUUUUGUAUUCAAGGCGUUUGGGGCGUAUCAAGCAAGGUCUAGAUCAUGACGGAAUUCGCGGUGGCAGUUUUGGAUUGGAACAGAGAAACAUGCCAUUCUUUUCUAAUGCUCCUCUUGUAUAG